AUGGCAUUAUUAUCAUCACCCGCCGCCGAGGAUGAGGAAAACAAGGACAAUGACGAUGUCCGUUUGCCCAAGGAGCAGCCACCGCCCGCCUUCUUUGAGACGAAAACCUUUCGCCUCAUCUCGAUCUUCCUGUAUCUGGGCGGUAUCAGUGGCCUGGGCAUGGUGCUGGCCCUCUACUACCUCUUCUUCUUUGACUCCACCAUGCCGGACAUACACCUCAAGUUCCCCGUCUCCAUUGGCGGUCAUCCGGUGCAGAAAGUGCACGAGUACCAGUGA